AUGGCGGCAUCGCAGCAGAAGAGUUUGAUUCACACGGCCGCGUGUUUGAUCAUUGGAGAUGAGGUUUUGGGAGGAAAGACGGUCGACACCAAUUCGGCCUACUUUGCAAAAUGGUGUUUUUCACUUGGGAUCAAUCUACGCAGAAUAGAAGUCAUAGCCGACGACGAAGGCGAAAUCAUCGAGGCUGUGCGACGCAUGUCGACCCAUUACGACAUGGUGGUCACGUCUGGUGGCAUUGGUCCUACGCAUGACGAUAUUACGUACCAAUCGAUAGCCAAGGCGUUUGGCCUGCCGUUGAAACUGCACAAGGCCGCCUUUGAGCGAAUGAAGGCGCUCUCGAAGCCGCACAAGUCGCAGCCAGACUUUGACUGGAAUGUCGAGUCGGCUGCGCUCAAGGCCAAGAGGCGCAUGGUGGAGUUGCCGAUUGACGACAAGGUAGCGGACGAGGACCAGGUGAUUUUUGUAGACGAAUCGCUGUGGGUGCCUGUGAGCUGUGUGAAUGGCAAUGUUCACAUCUUACCGGGCGUGCCUCGGCUGUUUGAGGCCAUGAUGGAGGGACUGAAACCCCGCAUCUUGCCUCGCCUGACGGAUCCCGAGGGCAAAGGGGUGCUGCGGAUCCUCAUCUCGACCCCGAUGGCGGAGAGUGCGGUGGCUGGUUAUCUGACGGAGCUGGCAGCCAAGGUGGAAGGGCGGGGGGUCAAGGUGGGGAGUUAUCCACGGUGGGGCAAGGAUCACAACACGGUGACGCUUGUUGGUCGCGAUGUCGAGUACAUGGAGAGUCUUGUGCCCGAGGUUGCGAAGGCGGUUCAGGGGCGGCGGGUAGCGGUGGAGGGGGAAGACGAUGCGGAUACGUCUGACAAGGAGUCGUAG